CAUUUUCGGUGUCGUCACAACAUGGCCACCACUUUCUAUUUUCUUAAUCACUUUGUACACAUGUAAAAUAUCCUUUUUCUCUUGUGAAUCCGUUGAGUCUCUGUGCAAAUUGGUGGUGAACGCGUAGUAGCCUUGGUGGAGAAUCUCAGGGUGGUGCAGAAGGACGCUUUGGUGUGGCUGCGCGUGUGUGGGGUGAGUGAAAGUGGGAGGCCGUGGAAUGGAGCAAACAUCAUCAUCGCCAUCAGCAAAUGGACGGGCAAAACUCCUGACUGGCGAGAAGACGCAGAAGACGGGCGAUGAGACUCCCUCGAGUGGCUCCGACAGAACACCAUCCGGCAGCGGCAGCACAGCGAUGACAACGAACACGGCGGACGAGGCCAAGGUCUCUCCGGGAGAUGCGUCCGGAGAGAAGCGCGUCGGAUGCGCACAUUACAAGAGACGCGCCAAGUUUGUGACGCCGUGCUGCAACAAGACGUACAUGUGUCGCUACUGCCAUGAUGAGCACGAAUCUCACUACUUCAACCGUCGCACAGUGACACAGCUGAUCUGCACGGAGUGCGAGACUCGGCAGCGCGUGCAGUCCGAGUGCGAGAAGUGCGGAGUGCGCUUUGGGAAGUACACAUGCCUAGUUUGUAACUUGUUUGACGACGAGGAGAAGGAUCAGUACCACUGCGACGGCUGUGGCAUCUGCCGCGUCGGCGGCAAGGACAGGUUCUUCCACUGCGAAGUGUGCAACAUGUGUCUUCCUCUGCAGCUAAAGAUCGACGGACACAGGUGCGUGGAGAACGUCUCGCGAUCCAACUGUCCAGUCUGUCUGGAGGACAUCCACACUUCGAGGAUUCCCUGUCACAUUCCCGAUUGCGGACACUUAAUCCAUCGCACGUGCUUUGAGGAAUUGCUGAGCUCUGGCCACUAUGCUUGUCCCACGUGCCAGACAUCGAUGAUCGACAUGUCGAAGCUGUGGGAGUAUUUGGACCAGGAGGUGGAGAAUUCGCCCAUGCCAAAAGAGUAUGAGAACUACAUGGUGGACAUUCUGUGCAAGGAUUGCCACAAGGAGUCUAAUAUUCCUUUCCACGCUGUGGGACUCAAGUGUUCUUUCUGCGGCGCCUACAAUACGUGCCAGACAACGAGAACGGCUGAUCGCGCGACCUCAGCGGCAAAUGCCGAAGGAGAAGGCAAUUGAAUAUCCAACCACAAGAUAUUCCCAAAUUGAGAAGUGGAUGAAAGACACACAAUUUCCCGCCUAUUUUGUGUCUCUUGCAGAAAUGGCAAAAAAUUCCCUGAAUCAUGAUUACUUCUUUUACUUAUAUAUCACUCGUUUUUGAAUGGACGUAAAAAAGACGAUAUGAGGACACAUCCUCGAGAUAUUUACUCAAUAUUCUACAGCUACAUAAUAUUGACACCCAAAUUCUAUGAUGAAAGGUGAUUAUUUCUAUGUAUAAAGAGAGAAAGUUUGUAGUGUAAAAAAAGGAAACUCAGAUGAUAGAUCUUUGUGAGUUAUGUGGGUGCGUGUGAUCCAGAAGAAAGGACGCACAAUGAGUUAAACCCUCUUGUUUAUAGAAAAGUGUAGAUUGAAAGUGCAGAGAAGUCGUCUUCCUCAAGGUUCACGCAUGACGAAAACCGAGGAAGAUGCGGAGAGUUAGUAUAGUGAAGUAAUGAAAAAAAUAUUUCUUGUUAUUCAAUGUAUAGAUAUAAUAAUGAUGCCACUAAAUAUUCAAAGGAUGAAUGAGAUAAAUCCGCUGUUGCACACCGAAAGGCGCGAUGAAACGCAAUAUGAGAAUUAAUAGAUAAGGAAUUGAAAAAACUGAAAAGGACUUUACAUUGAUAUUCAAAACACUUUAGUGAAGUGCAAAGAUCUUAAAACGAAUGAAAAAAAUAUGUUUACAAAUGCAUAGAGUCGAAAGAAUAUAAUAUCCGUUGAAUCUCUGCAAAUUUCCACCUCAUUGUUGAUUAUACUAUUUGUUUUUUUUUGUCUGUUUAAGUGCUAAAUACAGAUUCAACUGAGAGAAGUUGAUGCGAAGAGAAUAUUUUAAAAAGAGCAAAUAAGAGGAGCUAUUGAAUAUUUCUUUGAUGUAAAAGACUACAAAUAUAAGGAAUCACUGCAAAUGCAAGCAUUAUAUUGAAAAUAUUUUUAGUGUAGAUAAAAUUUUGUUUUUUUUUGUCGCU